UACCCGGAUGUGAAUCUCCCCUAUAACACAUGUUGAUGGGAACACUGGUCGUGUCGCCUCUGAAAUGGAAUUAAAUAUGAAGAAAACGAGCUCACAGGCUUUGCUGUCAUGUGGGAACGGAGAAGGUCUCAGUCAGAAGCUUCUCCUCAAGCCAAAAGCUAGCAGAUCCCUGCAGACGGAGAGAGUCCCCAAAAGCAACGUGUUGGAGCGGCUUCAGAGCUUCCUGCCUCAGAUGGCCGAGGCAAACGAGAAGCUGAAGCAACAGAUAGACGACGCUCCCGCCGGAAGCUUUGACAUAGAGAGCGUGGGGGGGGCAGAGAGGGUCAUAGAGAUGGACGUGGCGCUGGUGGAACUAAGCGGGUCCGACAGCGACUCCGAAGACGGAGAGGAGACUUCGGACUCCGACGAGGAAUCGGACUCCGGUGUGGUGAGCGAGGUCACGGAGCAGACUCUCGUAUUACCUGGAGAUAAAGGAAAGAAGAAGAAAGUCAACAUCCAGGUUCUCCAUCAGCAGGGAGAGUAGAAAAAGUGGCCGCACAGACUAUUGGCUGCGUUAUGAGUUUCUUUGCCCUCUUUAGGUGAUGUGGACUAAACUGACCCAGACAUCCGCCUCAGGCAAGGAGGGAUUUUACUUCACUGACACAGAGAACAGGAGGCUCCUGUGUGGAGACACAGAUCUUCCCCUGUAACUAUAGGCACAACUGUAAACAUCAUUUUGUCCAUUUAAAGGGUCUGCAAAAGUGCCUUCAGAGCCAGAACAGAUACUGUGAUUCCCUCAUCCAGUCCGGCCAUCAGCUGACCUCUCAUUGAACGUGAUGUGUUCAGGUACAACGCUGUGGAUCAACUCGUUUUUGGCCUCCGUUUCUCGAGCUUGAACACACUCUCGCGUGGAUUUAGGCCACAAAACUGUUUGUGCUUCCCUGAGCCACAGUUGUGAUCAUCUGGAGGAAGAUCACCAAAAACUAGAUAAAAGGUGUGAUGCAGCAUUUGACAUGAAAAGGCCUCUGUGCACAUGUAUUCAUUCCUCUAACAUGUUAGCUUUCUUAAAUAAUCCUCAUCAUAAUUUAAGACCAUGUUGUCUGGUGCACUUGGUUUGAUAAGUCAGAACAUUUUAGUUAAAGUUAUCCCUUUUGUUCAUUAUGUUGUAAACUAUAUUCGGUAUAUACAUCUGAUGUCUUUUUGUCUUUUCAUUUACCAUUAAAACAUUCAAAUGAUAUUUUAUCUAUAUUUUGCUACUGGUGCCUCUUUGAAAUUUAUUAAAAAUGGUAAAAAAAAGGUGUCAUUUUGGGGUUUAACUUGAAAAGUCUUAUUCGUGAUCCAGAUACAGUAGCUGAAUAAGUUGCACGUUUUGCUGUUUGGGUUUAAGAAGGACUG